AUGGUCCUAACAGUUCAUAAAAAUUUCUCAUGUAUAUCAGAUUCAAAAAUUCAGAUGUCUUAUCUUUUUUUUACCUCAGUUAGAAGACCUUGUUAUUGUGAGUCAACAUGGAAUGAUAUUGUUUGUAAGAAUAUGAAAAAAUAUAUGGAAAUGGAUAAAAAUAUUAGUCCAUCUCUUUGUAUAUGUCAAAAAUAUUCUAUUAUUGAUAAUAAGUGCCUUCAAUUUAUGAUGAGGUGUGUGGCAAAAAAUAAUAAUAAUAAUUUUUCUAAAAGAAAUGAUUUUAAAGAUAGUUAUAUGGUAAAUAAGUAUAAAUACAAGAUUACAUUGGAUAAAAAAAGAGAUAAUUUAUGUUCAUGUUGUUUUAAUCAACCAGAUGAAUAUUGUAAUCAUUUUUCAUGUCAUGAAAUGGUACCUUUUUUUGAUAAAGAAAAAGAAACAUCUUGUAAUUGUUUUUCUACUAUAAAUUUUCCAUAUUUUAUUUGUAAUAAUACAGGUAAUACAAAUGAUGAAAGAAUAGAAAAAAUUAUAAAUUCUCUCAAUAUACAAAAUCAUGAUUUUGUAAAAAAAAAUAGACAAAAUGUUGAUGAUUCUGAUGAAAAAAAAUAUAAACAAAUUUCAUCAGAAUUGAAGAUUAAUAAAAAAAAAUCACCAUUAAGAAUGAAUUUCUUAACUAAUGGUGUAGUUUUAAAUGUCUUUGGAUGUAUAGUGUUAGUUUUUAUCAUUGGAACAAUAAUUUGUUUUAUAAAAAAUAACUCGAAAAGUAGCUCCCAAAGAUCUCGUAAUCAAAUAAUAGAUCCAAAUACAGAAUUUUUAAUGGAUCAAAGAACUAGUGUUUAA